AUGAUAAGAUCUAACACUCUAGCUGUACCUUCAUAUAAACCUUCGUCAAGUUAUUCUGGUGGUCGUCUUUUGAAUCUUGAUGUGCAAUCUCUGCGUUUGUCCCCCACUCAGAUCACUGACCAUGCUCACGGAGUCACUCGGUAUCUGUCAGUGAUCAAUUCUCAGCAGAAAUGGUGGAAUGUUGAGGAUACCAGGGGAACUAUUAAUAGACCAACUAGCCUCAGAACGAUAUGGCACUUCCUCGUGUCACCUAAGAGAGUCGUUCCUGAGAAG